CUUGGUCGGCCAAAGAUGUGGGAACAGUCCGAAAGAUUUUUUUGAAUGGACCAAAGGAUCUGAAAUGCCCGUGAAGAUCCCAAAGUACUGAAAUCAAAUCUGAAAACGACAACCUAACAUCCCGGAUACCGUCAACCGAUUGGGCCCUCGUCGAGUCGAUCAUCAGAAGCAUCUGGAAAUGCCCGUUUCAGUCAUCUCUGCUUCUUCUCAACGAGUUUCGUGUUUUCGAUAUGUCCAACCAUCCAAUGCCUCUGCUUGUGGAUGAUUUAAACCUGCAACGUCAGCAACUUCUGUGAUACAAGAGAACCUAUAUACAUCAUCAUAUCCAUUCAAGAGAGAGUUUAUCCUAUUGCCCCCCAUUCCCCCACCACCCGCAUAUCAUUCAUUAAUCAACAGCUUCUUUUAUUCAUUUGAUUACUUGCUAACUUCAUUGAGAACAUAUACAUUCACUGUGAUACUUGAAAUACUAACAAUAUUGGUUCCGCAUUUUGAGAAAAAAAAAGUUCUAGAAAAAGCCCACCGAAAAAUAUAUACAGUUUGAAAGUCCCCCCACCCCCACCUCAAAAGCCCAUUUAUUCACCAAUUGUGCCUUAUUGCGUUGAAAAUUGAGUUACAUAUAUUCAUAAUAAAUUAAUCGGAAAAAGUA